GUGACGUGAUUGUAAAAGCUACAGUAACCUCGGUCAUCUCAACAAAAUGAAAAGCAGGGAGUGGACUUGGGGGGGUUUGUCCAGCGCCUUAACUUUCACUCUUGUUCUCGCUCCAGGGUUAACCUUUCCGUUAAUUUACCUCCAAUACCAUCAGGAAACACACAAUGCUUUUCUGUGAAGUGAUUUUUGUUUUGUCUUUGAUGACAUUUCUACUCGACUUCCACGCGUCGGGCUGUGUUCUCAACUGUAAAGAUAAACCUGUGUUCACUCCAUCCCGGCUUGUCGUCAAGUAUGGUGACCCAGCGUCUGUGAUCUGCAAUGCAUGUGAGCAAGAAUGCCUCAACGAAUUAUUUAACUUAGAGCAUUCUGUGGGAAAGGCAACAAUAAACGGAACCACAAUUUCCUGGAAUAUUGAUAACUUCACUGAAUGGACAGCUCGUCUCCAGUGCUAUUACAAUAAGGCUGCUGAGAAUGUUUCUGAUCCUGAUGUCCAGUGUUGUACCAUCCUGCCCCUAAUCUUAUACAAGCCCCCAGAUAAGGUGUCCAUCAGCUUUACUAACCACACCGGGCCAUUGAUAGAGGCUCAUCCGUACACUCUGCAGUGUACAGUACAUAAUGUUGCUCCUGUUGAAAAAGUCAAGGCAAUCUUCUACAGAGGACAUUCAGUUGUUGGUCAAGUACAGGUUAACAACAGUUAUGUGAAAAAACCAAUGACUCAUUCCUAUACUUGGGACGUCGUCCCCCUUAAACGUGAAGAUGGUGCUGCGUAUUGGUGUGCAGCAGAGCUUGUCCUGGGACCUGAAGGACCACAGCCCCCUCCAGUGGUGAUAUCUCAAAACAUGACUACCACUGUAUACUACGCGCCUAAGCUACAGGUGUCAAAACAUCCAGGGUUGAUCACCAUCAAUGAAGGAAACCAGCUAAAACUGGAUUGCUCGUCUGAUGGAAACCCGAGCCCCUCAUACAACUGGACGCUUCCAUCGGGUAGCCUUCACCCCUCCUGGAGCAGCAUCCUCACUUUUGAAUCUGCAGCUGCUGAACAUGAGGGCAUGUACACCUGUACUGUCAGCAACGGCUAUUGGAACUUCACUGAGGAGUUUCAUGUGAAAGUCCAUGCCAACAACAUCGUAUACAUUAUAGUUGGUAUUCUAUUUGCUGUUGUUCUACUUGUCAUCAUUGGUGUUAUCAUAUGGACCCUCUACUACAAAAACAAACGAAUGGGACAAUACGACCUGAUUUUGAGCGUUUUCCGCUUUCGCUCACUACAUUCUGCCGUGCCCACCGUAGAGUGAAGAGUUGUAAGUCAAGAGGCUCCCCUGUGGCUGAAGCAAACCAUGAGCCACAACUUCACCUGUUUGAGCCUGGUGAGCAACCUCUUCUACAUCUCCCACUCCCCCUUGUCCUGUUCUCUCUUUGUCAUGUAUUUAGAUCAAAUGUCUUUAUUUGUCUUCAGACAAUUUGUCUAUCCUAAGCACUGAAUGAAAAGAAAAUAACUUGCUCUAUUCACACUGAAACUUAACUUUCGGUAAAGCUCAGUUGAAAACUGUGUUCACUGUUUAAGGAGGGAUGUACAUAGUUUAGAGUAUUUUGUGAAUUGGUGAGUGAGUGAACAUUUCUUAGCUCAUAUCUUCUGAUCCGGUUUAUCAGAUAACUUAUCUGACACAGCAGGGUUAUGCUGUCUUUUUAUGUUCCAGUCAGACUGAAUAAUGACAUCUCUCUUUCCGUGUCUGUAGUGGUCAGUUCAUUUGUUUCUAAUAACGAUAAAAGACAGGUCACAUGAUUUUUAACUGCUCUUUUCAGCAGGCCACUAUAUUUUUUAUCAAACAUUAUUCAUAUUGGAUAAAAGGGCAUUGGUGAAAGACUAUUUUCAGCUCCAGGGUAAUAUAUAUUUGAUGUUAUUACACCGGCUAUGUCUACAUUCUCCUAGUAUUGGUGUAAACUUUACAGAUUUGAGUUUAAGUAACUACUUGUUAGUUUGUUUGUUAAUAGUUUGGUAAAAUGGAAAGACGCUGUUUGAAGUUAAGAUGUUCACUCUUAUCACAUUAAAACAGGUUUCUUAUGUGAACUGAUAUGAGGUAAACCUCAAGAGUGAAAAUGGUUUAUAAAUACAGAUGUUUAGAUCCAAAAGAACUUUGUAAUAUUGUCCACUGCCAAAUCUCAAUCAAUUUCAAUAUAAAGUGAAAGUGCUGUUAUAGAGGACACAUUAUACCCCUUUUGUACCUUUUCAAACAGUCCCCUGUGGUCUAAAUGAAACAUCUGUGCUGUGCUUUGGUCAAAAUAUAACAUGAAUCAAGCACCAGAUGAGGUUUGUGACCCUGUAUGAACCAGCUCUCUCAGAGCGCUCGGUUUUGGGGUGUGUGUCUCUUUAAAUGCAAUGAGCCCUCCCUGAGUUUUCCUAGUAGACAUCACUCCUUCACUAGCGAGAAUACAAAUGGCAGACAUAAAGUUUUGUUCUAGGCUGGGGAUGGAGUCCAUGGUUGGAGAUAUCAGGGGAGGGAAGGGGAUUUAUUUUUUCCCAGAAUCCCACUUGUGAUGUCACAAGUUGAGCAAAUUUGAAACAGAGCAUUUUUCUCUGUGCUGUAAGACUUAUGCAGACUACAAACAAAAGACUGGAUGAAUUUAUUUCACAUUUUGUGGGUCAGCUGACACUCAGGUCACCUAAAUAUGUUCAAAAACACUGAAAAAGUUGAUUUUUUAAAAUUAUUUUUCAUAAUAUGUCAACAGUCACUAUACACUUUGUGCUGCUCCUUAAUAUUCCCACACAUGAGUUCAUGUGUGGAGGUCUGGGGGAAGACAUACAGAACAAAUACAGUACCGAUCUGCUUUCUUCAGAAAUGAGCAAUAAGAAUCAUGAAUAUAUCCUCUUACAAAACCAAUAAAACCACUCUUCUUCAAACUGAAGACAUUGAAACUUAAGGACCUGGUCAAUUUCAAAACUAUUCAAAUCAUGUCCAGAGUUCAAAAUAAACAGUUACGGAACAGUAUCCAAAGAUUUGUUGAGAAAAGGGAAAAUAAAGACAACCUCAGAGGUUUAUUUAUGUACAAAAAACAAGCUGGGAAAACCAAUGUGAAACUUCAUCACAAUAAAGUGGAUUAAUCUAUGGAACAGCUGUAGUGAAGAAAUUAAAACAUGUAAAAGGAUCCUCUGCUUCCUGCUCUGUUGGGUUACAACCACGUUUCUGUCCAACGUAAACGAAACAGAUGUAGAACUGAAGAAUCAAUGAGUAAGAUGGAAUAAUAUAAGAUGUAAGGUCUGUACUGUCUACCAGCUGAUGUGAGUUAUAUAUUCUAUUUGUUGUUGUGUUUUGUUGCUUAGCUAGUUAACUGUAUUCUAUGAUUUUAUUUUGAAAGCUCAGGUAUUGGUGAAGCCUAAAAAGAAAAAGGGGUAGGACUAGUUUUUUUCACUUCAUCCUACACCAUUUUCCAACAUGGGCUUAAAGAAAAUACACAACAAAAGGAAGUUCUCAUUGUUAUUUUCUUUGUCUGUUUGUAUAUUUUCUUUGCUAUUUUUCAUAUGUUUUUAAUAAAUAUAAAAUGUGAAAUGAAAGAAAAACGUGUAAUGCUAUAAUUAUCAACAACUGUUGUGCAUCUUGGCCAAUAUGAAAGUUCCCAUAAACAAAGUGUAACUGUUUGUGAUUCUUACUGUUUAGUUUCAUCACUCUGAAGGACUUUAUUCCUAGAGGUGCAGGAAGUGUAUUGUUAUUAUGUAAAAUUAUAUAAGCUUGAUUUUGUGCGUGUGUGUGUGUGUGUGUGUGUGUGUGUGUGUGUGUGUGUGUGUGUGUGUGUGUGUGUGUGUGUUUAUACAACACUGUAGUGAUGUGCUCGCUUGAAAAAAGUACUAAGCUCCAAAAUGUAUUGUUUAUUUUAUUAUGUGAAUAAGUGAAAACCCUUUGUACAAACAAUAGCCUAUAUUCAGUGUCUUUAAGUGAUAUUUCAUUGCAAUUUCAAGUAAUUACAAUGGCAUUGAACUAAAAUACAACAUUCACUGCU